AGACAAUCAGCAUCAUCCUGCUCCAGUUACAAAGUCUCCAAGGACCCUCCUGGACUCCUUCUCCCCAGGCCCCUGGAUGGGGUGUGAUGCCCCUCACCCUCCUGCUGCUGCUCUGGGGGCCCCUGGCCCUGAUGGAGACCCGGGCGGGCUCCCACUCCCUGAGGUGUUUCUACACCGCUAUAUCGUGCCCGGGCAAUGGCAAAUGCAAAGGCAAGGGCAAUGGCAACAGGGAGCCCCGCUACAUCGCCGUGGGCUACGUGGACGACACGCAGUUCGGGCGGUUUGACAGCGACUCUCAUGGUCAGAGUGUGGAGCCGCGGGCGCCCUGGGCGGGGCAGGUGGGGCAGAAGGAGCGGGAGGAGGAGAUGCUGCUCCAAAAGAACAGGGCACAGUGGUUCGAAGCGCUCCUGAGGGACCUGCCUGGCCGCUACAACCAGAGCGAGGACGGGUCUCACACCCUCCAGAGCAUGUUUGGCUGUGAAGUGGGGCCAGACCUGAACCUCCUUGGCGGGUAUGAAAAGUUCGCCUACGACGACACGGAUUUCAUCUCCCUGAGCGAGGACCUGCGCUCCUGGACCCCCGCGGACCCGAUGGCUGAGAUCACCCAGCGCGAGUGGGAGGCGGCGGGGAGGGCCGAGCGCGUCAGGAACAGUGUGCAGAGCAAGUGCUUCCCGUGGCUCCUCAGAUUCCUGAGUUUGGGGAAGGAGGUGCUGCAGCGCACAGAUCCCCCAAAGACACAUGUAACCCACCACCCCACCUCUGAGCAUGAGGUCACACUGAGGUGCUGGGCCCUGGGCUUCUACCCUGCGGACAUCACCCUGACCUGGCAGCGAGAUGGGGAGGACCUGACAGACACGGAGCUGGUGGAGAGCAGGCCUGGGGGGGAUGGAACCUUCCAGAAGUGGGCGGCUGUAGUGGUGCCUUCUGGAGAAGAGCAGAGAUACGCAUGCCAUGUGCAGCAUGAGGGGCUGCUGGAGCCCUGA